AUGUCUGCUCCACAAGAGGUCGAGAAAGUUGCUGAGAAUGUCGCCAAUUUGCACUUGGAUGAGGCCACCGGCGAGAUGGUCUCCAAAUCUGAAUUGAAGAAGAGGGUUAAGUUGAGACAAGUUGAGGCUAAGAAGGCUGCCAAGAAGGCUGCUGCGCCCCCCAAGCCAGCUGCCCCCAAGAAGAAGGACGACAUGUUUGCCGACUUGGAUCCAUCGCAGUACUUCGAAACCAGGUCCAGACAGGUUCAGGCAUGGAAGAAGUCGAUGGAGCCAAACCCAUACCCACACAAGUUUCAAGUCUCGAUUAGCAACCCAGAAUUCUUGAGCAAGUACGCCUACUUGAAGAGGGGUGAGACUCUGCCAGAGGAGAUUGUUUCUGUUGCUGGUAGAAUCCAUGCCAAGAGAGAGUCAGGUUCCAAGUUAAAGUUCUACACGCUCCACGGCGACGGUGUCGUCGUUCAAUUGAUGUCCCAAUCGCAGGACUACCACGAUGCGGAGGCCUACGAGAAGGAUCACUCCUUGCUAAAGAGAGGUGACAUCGUCGGUGUGGAAGGUUACGUUGGUAGAACUCAGCCAAAGAAAGGUGGUGAAGGUGAAAUUUCCGUCUUCGUCACCCGUAUCCAGUUGUUGACUCCAUGUCUACACAUGCUUCCAGCGGACCAUUUCGGUUUCAAAGACCAGGAAACCCGUUACAGAAAGCGUUAUCUGGAUUUGAUCAUGAACAAAGACGCGAGAGGUCGUUUCAUCAAGCGUUCUCAGAUCAUCCGUUUCAUCAGAAAGUUCUUGGACGAGAGAAACUUCAUCGAGGUGGAAACCCCAAUGAUGAACGUCAUCGCCGGUGGUGCCACUGCUAAGCCUUUUGUCACCCACCACAACGAUCUGGACAUGGACAUGUACAUGAGAAUUGCCCCAGAGCUCUUUUUGAAGGAGCUGGUUGUCGGUGGUAUGGACCGUGUUUACGAAAUUGGGAGACAGUUCAGAAACGAAGGUAUCGAUAUGACCCACAACCCAGAAUUCACUACCUGUGAAUUCUACCAGGCAUACGCCGACGUUUACGACUUGAUGGACAUGACCGAGUUGUUGUUCUCUGAGAUGGUCAAGGAGAUUACCGGUUCUUACGUCAUCAAAUACCACCCUGAUCCAAACGACGCCAACGUUGAAAUGGAGCUAAAUUUCCAAAGACCAUGGAAGAGAAUCAACAUGAUUGAAGAAUUGGAAAAGGUCUUCGACGUCAAAUUCCCAGCUGGCGACCAGCUACACACCAAGGAGACCGGUGAAUUCUUGAAGAACAUUUUGAUUAAGCACAAGCUGGACUGUCCACCACCUUUGACUAAUGCAAGAAUGUUGGACAAGUUGGUCGGUGAAUUGGAAGACACUUGUAUAAACCCAACUUUCAUCUUCGGCCAUCCUCAAAUGAUGUCACCAUUGGCCAAAUACUCCAGAGACCAGCCAGGUUUGUGUGAAAGAUUCGAGGUCUUUGUUGCCACCAAGGAAAUCUGUAACGCUUACACUGAAUUGAACGACCCAUUCGACCAGAGAGCUCGUUUCGAAGAACAAGCUAACCAAAAGGAUCAAGGUGAUGACGAGGCUCAACUGAUUGACGAAACUUUCUGUAACGCUCUUGAGUACGGUCUACCUCCAACCGGUGGUUGGGGUUGUGGUAUUGAUAGAUUGGCCAUGUUUUUGACCGACUCUAACACCAUCAGAGAAGUCCUGUUGUUCCCAACUUUAAAGCCAGAUGUCUUGAGAGACGAAGUCGAAAAGCAAGAAAAAUGA